CUGAAUGUUUGUAUUGUUUCUUGUCUCUUGCAGGCUUCGCAUUAACAGAAGAAGAAGAAAAUUCAAACCAGGAUGUUUUUGAAACAGAUUUUCUCCUGCAGCGACGUCUCCAUCCUCCCUUCAGCUGCCCUGAUAUGAGUCCGUCUCCCACCAUCCCCACCUCGGUUGAAUAUGUCAAAGCUGCAGACAUCAAAGUCAUCGCUGCACUGGGAGACUCUCUAACUACGGCUAUUGGUGCCAACGGCACCACGAUCGCCUCAAUACCUUUUGAAUUUCGCCAGGUGUCUUGGAGCAUUGGAGGAUAUGGGACUUAUCAGAAUGUCAUUACACUGGCAAAUAUUUUUAAACUCUUCAAUCCCAGUCUGGUGUUUCCGUCCCCCAUAAUGACGUUUAACAGCAAACCGGGGACUGUGAACCAAACCGGCUUCAACUUCGCCGUCACCGGCCACAACACGCUGAACGUGUCAGACCAGAUAAGACACAUGAUAGACACAUUCAAGACAUAUCCAGGUAUGAACUUUCACGAGGACUGGAAGGUGGUGACGAUGCUGAUAGGCAUGAACGACAUCUGUGAUUACUGUAAAAACAAGACUCUCUUCUCCCCCGAUAACUUCAUCCGCUACAUGACAGAAGCUCUCGACAUGAUGAUGAACGAGAUCCCCCGGGCCAUCGUGAACGUGGUGCAGAUUCUCCCCAUGAAGCCACUCAGAGAAGUUAAGAGGCCGACUAUAGGUUGUCAGCUUCAAAAGAAAUUCUGCUCUUGCCUCGUUCUUCCUAAAGAAAACUCAACUGAACUGGAGGAGCUGAUUGAGAUGAACUAUGAAUUCCAGAGACGACUACAGAAGCUUGUGCACGGCGACCGUUUCUUUAAAAAGGACUUUGCUGUCAUUCUACAACCUUAUUUGGAGAACGCGAGACCACCAAGACUUCCUGACGGUUCGAUCGACUUAAGCUUCUUCACAGCAGAUUGUUUCCACUUCACUGUUAAGGGACACGAGGAGCUGGCGAAGGGACUGUGGAACAACAUGUUCCAGCCUGUAGGAGAGAAGGAGAGAAUAGAGACGUUUUCAAAGCCGGUACAACUCAUCUGCCCAUCAAAGGAACAUCCUUACAUUUACACCAGAGCCAAGGCUGCACCGUCUGAUGCGGCGAUGAAACAUUUCUCUUUGACCACGUCGGCGCUGAUGUCACUGCUUUCUGUGUUUGUCCUGUUUAACUGUCUGUAGUUCUCUAAACGUUGUUUUGCUGAAAGAUUUAUAACCGCAUAGCGACUGAUGAUUGAUGAGUCGAUGCUCUGAUCUAUCACUGAACCAGUUAAAAAUGCAGACAUGUAGCUAUUUAUAAUUUUUUUUAUCAUAAAUCCUCACGCUAUGUUUCAGAUUUAUAUUUGUAUCAAUAUUUUGAAUAAUAAAUUCUGUGAUUGUAUAUUUAAAUCCUCUUGUACUGACAUUUGCUUUUCAAAUUGCUUUGAGAUGAUGUUUUAAACGCUUCCCCAUGACUCAUAAUACAUCUAAAUAUUUGGGUAAUUGAGUAAAAUAUAAACAUUUUCUGUGCUGCCGAACUAAAAACUUGACUUUUAUAAAUUCCAGUGUCUUCAGAAUAACUCAAUCUUCCUGCUUUUAAAUAUUUUCAUACCAUGGACAAUAAAAAGACAAAUAUCAAACAGAUUUUUGUCCAUUGAUAUCUUGAAAAUGUUGUUGUUGUGUAUUUUGAGUUGAACUGUGCAGCUGAGGAGAUAACAACGCUUGAACAAACCUGUGAUUUGAAUAAACUCUGGUUUGAUUUGCAAAUGUAAAGCAAAUUAAAUUAAACUCAUCACUCUGCAAAACGAGCAACCGCCCUUCACUAUUAUUUACUUACUAUUGACAGAUACUU